AUGAGUAGAAGAAGAAAUCCUCGUCGAGCCGCUGCAGCAAGUAGAAAUUUACGAGUAGAUUCUGAAGAAAAUUCCUCGGACGAAGAUCUCGACUUGUUGGAAAUACUUAAGGAUCUUCUACAAUCCAGACGGAAGAUUCCGAAAAAACGCACACCCAAGAAGUCCAAGCAGUCAAGUUCUGGUAAUAAAAAGUCUUCUGGAGCUGGCAGAAAGCAGCAAACAGAAGCACCAGCCACAGUUACUUCGACUGUGAGCUCAGAAUUUGACUGUGAGCCUAUAGAUGAAGACGUAAAAGUCAACCAGUUGAAGAAUAUUGAAAGUAAAGUAAAUAAUUUUUUCAAUUCUGGAAAUCUUCUUUCUGAUGAUGAUGAACUGGAUAUAGCUAAAUCAAAUGUGGCACAGCCUCCAAAAGAAUCUAAAGAAUUUUAUUCCCUGACAGACUCUGAUGAAGAUAAACCCUCCACAUCAAAAUUGGACAUUAAAGAUACAAUUUCUUCACUGGGUUCAACUCUAACUAAUGAACCAGUUACUGUUGAACAGUCAAAAAAUAAUGACGAACUUAUGGACAUUGUUGAUAAAAUUUUAGAUGGAAACGAACCAAUAGAAGUUGAUACUGAACCAGAUAAAAAUUGGGAUGAGUACAAAACCAAAACUGAAGAAAUACUAGGUAGCAUGAAUGCUAUUUUGGACGAGUUCAAGGAAAAUGUAGAGAAAGAGAAGCCAGAAGAGAAAGUUGUGGAAAAGUCUCCCCAAAAGGAGAAACCAACCUGUCCAAUAUGUCUAGAGGUUUUGGGAGGUGAUGUUGUUGCCGCUGCAACGCUCUGUGGACAUAUAUUCUGCCAUGAGUGUCUUAAGAAAGUGGCAAAAACUUCAAAAACUUGUCCUACUUGUAGAAAACGGAUUAACUGUAAGCAGAUUCAUCCGUUAUAUAUUUGA